UCUGUAAUAUAUCCAAUGUGUCAACGUGUAAAUAUUGAAAAAAAAUUCAGUUGCCAACGCACAUUAAUUUUCUACUUAUUUUGUUUUUCUGUUUAUUAUUAUUAAAAAAAUAACAAUCAAAUAAAAAACAAAUUCAUUCAUUAAAAACCAACGAUUAUCCAGGGCAAAAAAGGCUGCAUGUUCAAGUGAAGAUAAUUUUUUAUAUAAAUUCGACAAUAUGAAAGUUAAUCCUCGAGUUUUUUUUGACAUUGAAGUUGGAGGACUUCAAAUGGGAAGAAUAAUAUUUGAAUUGUAUGCUGAUAAACAACCAAAAACAUGUGAAAAUUUUCGUGCAUUAUGCACUGGUGAAGCAGGAAUUGGUUUAACAACUAAUAAACCAUUGCAUUAUAAGGGUACUAUUUUUCACAGAGUUGUUAAAGAUUUUAUGAUUCAAGGAGGUGAUUUUUCAAUUGGUAAUGGCACUGGAGGAGAGUCAAUCUAUGGAGGAACAUUUCCUGAUGAAAGCUUUGAGUUAAUUCACGACAAACCAUUUCUUUUGUCAAUGGCAAAUCGUGGAAAAGACACAAAUGGUUCGCAGUUUUUUAUUACAACGCAACCAGCACCUCAUCUUGACAAUAUCCAUGUUGUCUUUGGCAAUGUCGUAUCAGGAACUGAAAUUGUUUCACAUGUAGAAGGAUUGCAAGUUGAUCGUAUGUCGCGACCACUCACCGAUGCCAAGAUUGUUAACUGCGGAGAACUUGUUCUUAAAAUCAAAUCAAAAUCAAAAAAGAAAACCAGAGAUUCAAGUGCUUCAGAUUCAUACUCAUCUGAUGAAAAAUCAAAAAAACGAAAAAAGCACAAGAAAAAUAAGAAACGAUCAAAAUCCAGUGACCGAGAAAUUGAUAAUAAAUCUGAAGAGGAAGAAGAUGAAGAAGAGGACAAUAAAAACCGUCAUCCAUUAGUGUCAGUAACUAAAAUUGAUCCUGAUGAAAUACCAGAUGUACCGGCAAAUAAAUUUUUGUUUCGUGCUGGGCCAACAAAUAAUUCAAAUCAAACUGAGUAUAGACAAAAUUUUGGUCGUGAUCGUGCACGAAUGAAUCGUCAUAAAGGAAAUGGAAGAGUAUUUAAAGGCAGAGGAACAUUUAGAUAUCGUACUCCAUCUCGCAGUCGUUCACGUAGUGGAACACCACCUCAUUGGAAGCAAGCUCAAAAUCGUACAGUAAAACUCAAUGAUUUGCAAAAAUCUGAUGAUGACGAUCGUGAUAAUCUUGAUAAUCCAGCUCCUCGACGAUUCGUUGAAGAUCCUGAAAAAGAAGAUGGACAAAGAAGAUAUCGUAGACCUGAUAAUGAAAAUUACAAUAAUUACAAUCGAAAUCAAUACAAUAAUGAAAGAAAUUUUGAUAGAUAUCGUAGAAAUGGAUCGGGAAUGCAACGUCAAAAUAAUUUCGAUUUUCGUCGAGGUCGUGGUAGAUCACGUGAACGAAAUUGGGUUCAAGGAGGUAGAUUUGGUGGACGUAGAGAUUCACGAGAUCGUGGUAGACGUCGUGAGAGAUACUCAAGAAGUCGUGAUAAUAGAUCAAGAGAUCGAUCAUCACAUGAUCGUCGAAGUCGUGAACGUAAAUCACGUAAAAAUGAUAGACGUUCACCACGUCAUUCAAGCAAACGAAGUUUAUCACGAAGUGAGGGAAAAAAUGAUGACAAAAAAUCAACAAAAUCAUCACCAGAUCGUUUUGAAAGUGACAAAAAUACUAAAAUUAAAUCAGAUGAAUCAAGUAAAAAAGAUGAAAAAUCAAGAAAACGAUCAAGAAGUUUUUCAAGUAAUAGUAGUCGUCGUUCCAGGUCUCCAAAUAAUAAAUAAUCUAUCAAUAAUAAUGAUGAUGAUGAUGAUAAAAAAAAAAACAUUUUUAUCACUUGAAAAUAAUGGAUUCUCUGAAAAAAUCGUUUUAAUAAAUUUUUCAUCAAUUUUUUUUUCAUUUUAAAAAUUGUAAAUCUAUAAUGGAGUUUAAUAAAUUGUCUCACAAUUAAU